GUUUUGUGGACUGAUAAUUUGUGGACCUCCUCUUCUUCGGCUACUCCUUCACGGCCCGACCGGAGCGGUGCGAGUCGUUCCAUGCUCAGUGCAUCAUGCGGGUCGUGGAGGCCCACUCGGUGAGGAGGAUGAGCGUGGUGGGGCUAAGCUACGGUGGGUUCAUCGGGUACAGCAUCGCGGCACAGUACCCUGCGGCAGUGGAGAGUCUGGUAAUAUGCUGCUCGGCCGUGUGCAUGGAGGAGAAGGACCUGAAGGACGGCGUCUUCAGGAUCUCUGACCUCGAGGAGGCGGCGGAGAUUCUCGUCCCCCAGACCCCUGACCGCCUUCGGGAGCUCAUGGGCUUCACCCUUUACCAGGGACAGCCUCUCCGCCUCAUCCCUUCUUGCAUUCUCAAUGACUUCAUUCAUGUAAGUGAUUCUAUCUCUUAAUUAGUUGACUCAUUAAUUGGUAAUUAUUUGUUUAGUGGGUUCGAUUUCAGAUCUCCAGAAGUAGAACUUGAGCUGAAUACAUAUGUGACUUUGGUCAAUUAUUAGGAUUUUCAAUGAUUGAGCAGAAACAUGAACAACCUCUGGUAUCUAACCAUCGAGCUUAUAAUAUAAAUGAUGGGAUAGGUUUUGUCCUGUCCGUGAUGUAAAUGCACCGAGCUUACAGAGAUAUGUUAAAAUCGUGCACAUGAAUUGUGAAGGAACAGCAUGAAGGGUCAUGCUUCUUGCAUGAAGGAUCAACAUGGGUUGAUGCUGUUUUCAUCGUCUGCUUGUCAAACUUGACAUUACAUAGAAGAAAAAUAGUUCCAAAAACAGGACAGAGUUAGGUUUCGAGCUGGUUCCGGAUAAGAUAA